GCUAGAGUACCUGAUCACUUUGAGUUGGACCAUGUUUGUCUCAGAAAUUGCGUACAACUAAAAAAACGACGAAGUGUGUAAGUAGGUAAAAGUAUUUCCAGAUGAAAAAACAAGUAUAGCAAAAGUCCAAAUUGUGGACCAUAACUUGUUAAAAAAAAUGAUGGUGCUUUUCUGGUCUUCAAGGGUUCGCCCGCCUGGAGUUAACAGAGCAACUCCUCGGCUGAUCUGGCUUGUUCAGAUGGUUGCCAACAUAUCUGUUGUGAUGGCAUCCGGAGCUUGGGAUUGGUGGCCAGCUCGUGGGCCUCGCUCGAAAUCGAAAAAAUUUUACCAGAGGACUACUGCUAAGGCUCGCGGAUUGACAUGGACGACAAACGAAAAAGAUGGUACUCCUACCGCGGGUGGAUUAUCUACUGCUUCUAAAACAAGGCUACACCAGGGACAGCAAAACGAACGACUUGAAUCUAGUCUACUAGGUCUUGAUGAAGGCAAAGGCUCCACGCCUAAACGGCAAAGUAGAGCCCGGCAUGGAUUGUUUAGAAGUCAGCGGUAUCAGCGCAAAAAUAGGAGUGCUGAUGGUACGGACGCCUCAGGCCGUGAUGGGUAUGCUAGUAGCACUACAACCAAGGAUCACCGUGUUGAAUCAAACCAACCUGCAGGAGAAGCUGCCAACGUCGGAGCUGCAAUGACCUUCGAGUUCCUCAGAGACAACGCCAAAGACGUCCCGCAGAGUCCGUUACCAGAUGAUGCAAGCAUAUGAAAGCAAUGCUGGUUAUUUUUCAAUUUCAUCCUUUCACUUUUUAGUGCUUGCAUACGUCUACUUGUUGUUGUUAAUGUUACUACAGCGAUGAAAGAAAGGAUCCAGGCGUCCACUGCAUAGUGAAUCUAGAGCAGGACAAAGAGUUUCUAUACUUGAAAUAUUUUUUGUGUCCACCUGCUGCUCUUUCAUGAAGAAGCACAGUCGCCCCGUCCAGCGUCGCCUCUACACCUUUGGUCGGUCCUGAGGUAUCUAGCAUGGUCUCGCCAGUUGCGCCGCAUUUAUAUUUUCUAGGAACGUCACCUCUGGCAGGUUCUACUCGUCAUCCUGUGGCUGCUCCUAUUCGUCAUCCUCCUCCCACGUUCUUGUCAACACUGCCUGGACGACAAGCCCCCAGGAAUCCAGCUGCUCCGCCACUAUGCUUAUAAGGUAGGUGGAUGAAGAGGUUGAGAGACGAGUAGAAGUUCAGAACUUGUUUUGUUCGGGGGCUGGGUUUAGGGUCUAGUGAUGAUGACUCGUCGAGAUGAAGGAGAUGAUGAAUCAUUUGUAAAAAUUUAUUGAUGAAUGAAAAUGAAAAAAGAUCGUCGAGAUUUCCUUUUCUAAGAUUUCCUCCAUUCGAACCUCGUCCACCAUCGUCGUCGCAAGCAAGACUAGACGACUUUCGGACGUCGUGGGACGAUGAGAAGGACGAGCGCCCAAGACCAUCAGAGGAACAGAUAAGUGAGCGGCAGCAAGUGCGCCUUCCCGGUACAACUAGAGUUACGGCUUCCCCUUAUCCAUCUUCAGAAGCAUCCUGGAAGGGCCCUCCAAGGGAAAAAGAGCCCCGGGGUGUGCGUUUCGAUGGAUUCGCGCGAACUCAAAUAAAGAUUCAUCUUCUACACCAGAGGUUCUUCGCGAGGUAGGCAGGUGGAGGCCUUCGCUGCCAUUGGGCAAGCAGAGCAAAGCGGCGUUUCUGAGCAAAAUUCCCCUAGGUCCAACUCUGCUCACCGCACCUGUGUCACAAGAUGAAGGCAGUUGUGUAGCGUCAUCUACUGAAGAACCUUCUUACUGUACAGAAAUAUCAACAUCUGGAGUUAUUUCUCUCUAUCCUGUCGCAACUCCAACACCCGCAUCUAGAAGUUGUGGCCCUGAUCUUCAUGAUGCUACGUUCAUGUCGAGUGGUCAACAUGAUAGGCGGUUCUUGUGCAGCGAGGGAGCAGAAUCAGAGGAAAACAGUACUCCUUUUGUCUCCUGCGAGGAGGAGCAUACUGCUACUUCUAGCGCUGGUGAUUACACCCAGAGAGGACUACUACGCAGUCCUCCAAUUGUUGGAGCAUCAUGUGAAGGAGGUGCUGGUGGUCACCAGCUACUUCAAGGGCAGCACUAUAAUUUCCCACCUAGUACUGAGCAGCAGGCGUAUUUGUCCUUUCAAGAUUUGUUGCCUGUGCCUGACAGCAGCACUGCGAGUAGUUCACAACUUCUAAUGGGCCCACCCUCAUCAUUGACUUCAUCGCCAGUUCUUGAAGAUAACUCCUGUCGAGAAUUCACUGCGCCUGUUGAUACUGAUAGUUGUCGAGCUCAUAAAAAUCUGUCAACGCCUGUGCCAGGGAGAACACACGCAAAUGUACAGAGCUACAGCAGUUUGUGCGACCAGUUGAAAGCACCGACGGCAAUGAUGAACGAGUACAACUACAUGUCAUCUUCUUCUUCAUUGCGAUCUUCUUGUCCUUCAACGACUACACCCAUGGCCGUGCCUACUUCAGGAGUAGAACGAGGUAACAAGGCGGUCGUGACAGAACAAAAAGACUGCAACGUUGCCGAACCAGUUGUAGAGGUGUGCCCAUCAUCUUCUUCCCCCCUUUCGGCACCAAGAGCUAGCGUUCUUGCAGGAACGCUUCGACGACUAGAGAUUCCCCACUAUCGGCCUCCUCUAGUUCUGGUUGAGCCUCCGCCUUCUUAUGUUGCACCUCAAUUCGUUUCUUCGGAUCGCACGCAUAUGCAGGACUGUCAUGAUAGUCAUCAUACUGUGUCGUGCCCAACAUUGGACUCGUCAACAGUGAUGUCCUUGAAGACGGGCCGUGUGACGCCUCCGCCUCCAGAUUUCGCACCGACAAUACCACCUGAGAUGCUGGAAAAAAUUCCAAAAUUUUCAAUCAUUAAAAAUGGUCACGGUGUUUACCUUUACGGAGAUCUUCAUGAUGGAGCAACAACUAGAACUACCUCAAGAGGAGCAUCACAAGAGGGAGACAUCCAAUUCCAUGUCGAUGAUGUUGCGCGACCAGAGAAGGGGACGGUAGAAGAAGGCAGGAACGAAGGAAGACUAGUACGACAACGUGAUCGAGAAUUAGAGCCAGAUCAAGAGCAGAUAGAUGAAGUAGAUGCCAAUGCUAUCAUCAAUGGCGAGGACAUCACCUCCGACGCCAGCAGAGAAGUUGUGACGUUUCCGCGUACAGCGAGCGCACCAGAUUUGCUGACGUUUCAUCGCGACGGACAUCAUGAUGUAGGUGACGUUUUUCCGCGUGAGUUGUCUCCAACUGCUAGUAAUCAUCGUAACCUAUUUGUUGAGCAACAACAUCCCGAAGAUCUUGAAGGAGAAGCAGAGGCAGAGAGACCAGCUCGACGAGCUCCCGAUCAUCAGGAUAUCCACAACCGUGCGCCUUAUCUGCAAUACUACGACUUUCUCACAAACUUCGACUGAACUCCUCGUCGUGAUUACCAAUGUCUCUCAGGUGAAGAGGAUCUGCGAAUGCCGCAGAAGCAAAGCUAACAUGGCGUGAAUCACAGAGCAGGAGCACGCUGUAGUAGCAGAAGUAGUAGAUUUGAGAUACCUAACAGAACAUCAAGAUUUUUAGAUAUGUCUUCUUCAUCAUAGGGUGACAUCCCCUUUUUCUCAUGGAAUUUCGAAUUAUACAUUCGUCUUGCUCAAAUAACAAUGUUGAGCAGGUCAAACUAUCUAUCCUGCUUUUGUCUGAAAGUAGGCCAACGUUGCAGUCGCUGACUGUUUCCUUAUAGAGGCCGAUUUUUUCGUCUUGCUCUCGUGCUUUUAGUUCUAUGAAGAUAAUGAGUGUCAAUGUUUCUCUUGGUACUGUUUUUUUAUUUGAUUUAUGAAGAAAGCUUAAGUUCCUCCUUCAAGACGUUGAAGAAUGAUUCGCUGUCAUCAAACAUGUUUUCACCAAGAUUUGUAGAACUUCAACACCAGAUGUCCACCUACAGGAGCUACAGCAGACACCGAUUUAUUUAUCGUAUGGAUUCAUUUCUUACUGAUAACAAGUUAGUAGUUGAUGUGAGAUCUCACUAUCCCAUCACAAGUUAGUUGUAGCAACUAGCAAGCUAGCCACACACAGACACCCCGACUGUCAUGUGCGCUCCGUCUCGGCGGAAUCCGUCUUGCAUUUGGCGUCUCCUUUUCUCAUUUCUUGCCAAACUCCACCAAUCUAAGUAUCAAAAAGACAACAUGAUUGAUCAUGUUAUUAUUUACGACUCCAUAAUAGUACUAAUUUACGAGGAAAUUGCUUCUGUGCAGGUGCGGGGGGUGCUCGAUGUGCACCAGGAUUCAUAACCUAAUCUAACCGAAUCCUUCUGCCCUGUUCAGCAUCCGCAGCAGACAGCUGCAUACUGCACACUCCUACAGACCCAAAAAUAUUUGCAAUUCUACAUCAAGUUCAAUAGAUGGUUGAAUUUAUCACAUGUCUAUGACCUUAAACACAACUACUUGCAUUCAGAUUCACCAUGAUUCUUUUCCUAUUUCUACACGAGCAGAUUCUGAGGCAGGACGACCGUCAACAGCAGAUCUGGCGGUAAAACACUCCAUAUGGAUCUUGCAUUGUAGUUCUUGCCUUGCUGAUAGCAGUGUAGACUCUGAAUUUAAAUAGUUUCGAGCUUGUAAACAACAUGACGAAGGUUGUGCCUUCGUGCAAGCCACGCGAUUCAAAGGAGGUACCUUGUUUGUCUUCAUAUGUCCAUGAAUAAUGCUACUAUCUGUCUGAGAAUUUCAGCGACAGCGUGAAAU